ACCACAGAUCUUUAACUCCAUAGAGAUAGAGACUUAAAAGUCAUUUGACUUUGACAUUAGUCUAUAUAAUUUUUAUUGUUUGUGGUCUAAGUUUGUUUUGGUUCGCAAAUUCGAGAUUUCAAGAUGCAACCACAGAUCCUGGUACUGAAGGAGGGCACGGACCAGUCGCAGGGCAAGCCGCAGCUCAUCUCCAACAUCAAUGCCUGCCAACUAGUUGUGGAUGCUGUCCGCACAACGCUGGGUCCACGUGGCAUGGACAAGCUCAUUGUGGACCACAACGGCAAGGCUGUCAUCUCCAAUGACGGAGCCACCAUUAUGAAACUCUUGGACAUUGUUCACCCGGCGGCCAAGACCCUGGUGGACAUUGCUAAGUCACAGGAUGCUGAGGUAGGUGACGGCACCACGUCGGUGGUGAUCAUUGCCGGUGAACUGUUGAAGAGGUUGAAGCCUUUUGUUGAGGAAGGUGUACAUCCACGCAUCAUAGUCCGAGCUGUGCGUAAUGCUGGCCGGCUCGCCGUGGAGAAGGUGAAGGAGCUCUCCGUCAAAGUGGAGAGCAAGUCGCCCGAGGAGCAGAGAGAGCUGCUGCGGAAGUGCGCUGCGACUGCCAUGUCCUCGAAACUGAUCCACCAGCAGAAGGAUCACUUCUCCAAAAUGGUGGUGGACGCUGUACUGUCAUUGGACGCUCCGCUGCUGCCAUUAGACAUGAUUGGGAUCAAGAAGGUGACCGGAGGCGCUCUGGAGGACUCGUUCUUGGUGGCCGGGGUGGCCUUCAAGAAGACCUUCUCCUACGCUGGCUUCGAGAUGCAGCCGAAGAGCUACGAGAACUGCAACAUCGCUCUGCUCAACAUUGAGCUGGAGCUGAAGGCCGAGAGAGACAACGCUGAGGUGCGAGUGGACAACGUGAAGGAGUACCAGCGGGUGGUGGACGCGGAGUGGCAGAUCCUGUACGACAAGCUGGCGGCGCUGCACGCGAGCGGCGCGCACGUGGUGCUCAGCAAGCUGCCCAUCGGCGACGUCGCCACGCAGUACUUCGCCGACCGCGACAUGUUCUGCGCGGGGCGCGUGUCGGACGAGGACCUGCGGCGCACGCAGCGCGCGUGCGGCGGCGCCGUGCUGAGCUCGGUGCGCGAGCUGGCGCCCGCCGCGCUGGGCCGCUGCGCCGCCUUCGCCGAGCGCCAGGUGGGCGGCGAGCGGUACAACAUCUUCACCGGUUGUCCGGCUGCUAAGACCUGCACGCUGGUACUGCGCGGCGGCGCCGAGCAGUUCCUGGAGGAGACGGAGCGCUCGCUGCACGACGCCAUCAUGAUCGUGCGCAGGACCAUCAAGAACGACGCCGUCGUCGCCGGCGGCGGCGCGAUCGACAUGGAGCUGUCCAAGCACCUGCGCGACCACUCGAAGAGCAUCGCCGGCAAGGAGCAGCUGCUCAUCGCCGCCGUCGCGCGCGCCUUCGAGAGCAUCCCGCGCCAGCUGUGCGACAACGCGGGCUUCGACGCCACCAACCUGCUCAACAAGCUGCGCCAGAAGCACCACCAAGGCGAGGUGUGGUACGGCGUGGACAUCCAGAAGGAGGACAUCGCGGACAACUACGCGGCGUGCGUGUGGGAGCCCGCCGUCGUCAAGAUCAACGCCAUCACCGCCGCGUGCGAGGCGGCCGCGCAGAUCCUCUCCAUCGACGAGACAAUCAAGAAUGUGAAAGGUGGUGGGGAGAUGCCGCCUCCAGGCCGAGGCAUGGGCCGCCCGCGCAUGGGAUAAUGACUAACCACCCGCAUCUAAUACUAAUUUAUGACUACUACUCACAAUAAUAACUAGGGAUCUGUGUUACAUGAUCAUCAAACUAUUUUAAUGGCGCACUCGAGGAUCAGUUUCCAAUGGACUAUCGCGUAACCGUAAACGCGAAUUGGUAAAGAAUUGCAACAGUUGUGCAGUAGUGCCAAUAGAGUUCACUGUUCGAGACAGACAGUCUAACACUAAGUUAUUCGAGAAUGAUCACAUGCAGUGGCGUGCAUAAGGUUUUUAACUAGGGUAUGCACUAUAAGGAAAAAAUUGGAAAAAUCCUCGUCCAACUAUGUAUUCUGUCCAAGAUAGAUUUGUAUUGAGUCCUUUUGAGGUAGACAGUGCUUUUUUGCAUGUAUGAAGUGCACAUCACUGUCCACAUGUGAUGUUGACGGAACGGCCGCCAGCGGAAUACAGAGGUCCUAGUGGCAGUUUGAUACUGUUACUGUCACGUAACGUAAACGCGAAUUUCUAAGAAAUUGAAACAGCGCCAUCUAAUGGCACUAAUGCACAACUGUUUCAAUCCCAUAUAAGUUUCCACUUGACUCCUAAAUCGUAUCCGUUACGUGACAUGUAAAAAAAUAUAAAGUAAACUAAGGGCAAUAGACGAAGCACAGUAUCACGCUCCGCGCGAUAGAGUAAUAUAAAGAUUUUUUAAAUGGCUUACAAGGAUUGGUAGAUUAAAACCGCAUUCCCUGACUGUCGGCUUCUUCAACGCAGACGGGCUCACCGAUACAAUACUCGCGGGCAGCGAAUGGUUAACGUAAACGUGAUAGUAACAGUAUGGAAAUAUUGAAAACUCGCACUAGGCACACUGAUGCCGACCGUACGGCGAGCGCCUUAUAUCACCAGCUCACGGAAACAACUCGCGCCACCUAGCGUCGGGACGAGUAAACACGAAACAGUCAAAUGUCGUCAUAUCCUUCUGAGACUACUCUUUUCUUACACUAUAUUAUGUAUAACUAGCGGACGCCCGCGACUUCGUCCGCAUGGAAUUUAGUUUUUCACAAAUCCCUCGGAUUCCUGGAACGCAUGGAAUUUAGUUUUUCACAAAUCCCUCCAGAUCCUUGGAUUUUUCCAGGAUAAAAAGUAGUCUAUGGGUUAAUUCAGGCUGUAAAAUAUCUUAAUACCAAAUUUCAGCUAAUUCGGUUCAGUAGUCGAGGCGUGAAAGAGUAACAAACAUUCAUAUCAUCAAAAUCAUCAGUUUUCGCAAAUCUCGGGAAACCAUAUUUUUUUUCAUAAAAAGUAUAUAAAAGUAUAUAUUUUUGUAUAAAAAGUAAAAGUUUUGUAAAAGUAGCCUAUGUGUUAAUCCAGAGUAAAAUCUAUUUCAAUUCCAAAUUUCAGCCAAAUCGCUUCAGUAGUAGCGGCGUUAUAGAGUAACAAACAUCCAAACAUCCAUACAAACUUUCGCGUUUAUAAUAUUAGUAGAAUAAAAAUUGUAUUAUAUGAAAUUUAAAAAAAUGUGAAAAUGAGUAACGUUUCUUGCACUUCCACGCCUAAAUUAAACCGUUUAAAAAAAAAUCACAAAUAAAAACUACAUUAUCAGCGAUUAAUUUAUUUAGUCCGCUAGUGUAAUAAAAAACUACUUCACACGCAUUUUUUUGCUUGCACUAAUAAAUUCUGUGUUUUUCGUCACAAACUGUACAGAAAUGCAGUUAAUUUUUUUGUUAUUACACGCUUACAAGAAAGAAAGAAAGAAAGGAAUAGCAAUUAAGUUAUUUUAGUUAUGUAAUUAUUAUUAUUGAUAAUGAUAAAUAAAUGAUAGUAUUAACUA